UCCCACAAUUCAUUGGGCCGGUACACACAUAUUAGACGGCUGGUGGAUCGGAUAUAUCGGGCUUGUUUUUACUUUUUUCUUGUAGAACACCGAUAUAAUCCGUAGACAACCUUGGAUUAUACAUCAAAAAUAAAUUUAUCUUGUUAAUUCAGAUAAAUUUAACCCAAUCAACUCCGAAUAGCAGCGUCUUCACUGAUGACAGUUCCUGCCAGCUGAAGGUUAGCAGCAAUAGUUUUGCUUUAAGCUAACAAGGGAAGGACUUUAAAACAUGUCUGGACCAAAUGGAGACCCAAACAUCUGCAGUGAGGAUGGCAUCAUCAACGACGACGACGAAUUUGGCGAAGAAGAAUACGCCUCGAUCAACAACAUGCUAGAUCAAAUCAACUCCUAUCUCGAUGACCUGGAGGAGCGCAAUGACGCCCUUAAUGGAAAACUGCACGAGCUGCUGGAGUCAAAUCGGCAAGCCCGUCUGGACUUCAGGGCGCAGCUAACUGGCUCUCCAACCCAAGACGAGAAUCAUGCCGUGGAGCAGGAAUCUUCUUUACCAAGCGAGCAAAACCAACAUGAAGAAAAUCAGUGACAAGAUCAAAUAAAUGUGAAGGCAAGGACAAAGACGAUCAAAGUGGAUUACAGUUGCUCUAAAUUCUGGUUUCCCUUGACAAACUUGGAAAAAUCCAAUCAGAUUUGUUGCUGCUCUAAAAAAAAGCUGCAUCUACUCAGAAUAUCUUAGUAGCAAACCAAGAUUCGUCUAGAUAUCAGAUCAAGUUAGAUCCUGUUGAAUAUUAAUCAUGCUUCAGGCUUGUGUGUGCAUACAUACAUAUAUAUGGAAAUAAUUGUGUGAAAUUGUCUAUUUUGUUCCAAGAUUUAGUCUAGAUAUUUCAUUUCUCUUCAGCACCCUCAGUCUAUGAUAUAGUGUUACUGUCCCUUAACUCAUUUAAUAUGUGUAAGUUUAAAGAAUUAAAAUUACAUACACACAUUGUGGGAAUUGUCAGACAUUUUAAUAUAAAUUAAGAUUACUCUGAAACAGAAAACAAACAUCCAAAAAUACAAUAAACUUCCAGCAGUUAAAAAACUUC